CAGGUUCCAUCUCCCUCACUGGCUCUGGUGCCUUUGGCGAGAGGAGGGGUUUACUUGAAAAAGGGACAGGAAAACCCCUGGUUUGAAAGAUCAGAAAUCUGUACAAUACAGACAGAACCAGUUUUCAAAAUGGAAUUCCAGUUUGCGCUCUUUUUUGUAGGGAUAAUUGCGUUUUCUGAUUCAGCCCGAGGCCCACCCAGAAUUGCUGAUAAAGUGAUCCACCGGCAGUCUGUGAGGUUAGGAAGAACCAUCAAGCUACUGUGUCCGGUAGAAGGUGACCCGCCACCUCUGACUAUGUGGAUGAAAGAUGGACGGACUAUCCACAGUGGCUGGACAAGGUUCCGGAUCCUGCAGCAAGGACUGAAAAUCAAGGAGGUGGAAAGCGAAGACGCAGGGACAUACAUCUGCAAGGCCACCAACGGCUUUGGCAGUAUGAGUGUAAACUACACCCUUAUUGUGAUUGGUCUCACCAGAUAUCUCCACCCUGUUCUCUUCACCAAAUUCAUCGAGGAUUUUUUUUUCUUUUAA